UUUCUUUUUUUGGGGGAAUCAUUGCCUUUGGGCCGUCGUCAACUUCCAAACCGGAAAACAAACAGCAUCCGUUGCCCUCUAAUCCGGAGAGAUCAGAGAAAGAGAGGGAGAGAGGUGGCGAGGUCGCGUCAAUGGGGGCGACGCGCUUGCUGGUCUGCGAUUUCGUCAUCUCCUUCAUGUGGGUGUGGUCGGGGGCCCUGAUCAAGAUGUUCGUGUACGAGGUUCUAGGGCUGGGGCACGGGCUCCGGGGCGAGAUCGUCAAGUCCUCGCUCUACAUCGCCAACAUGUUCUUCUUCGCGCUCCUGGGCAAGCUCACGAAGGGCGGGUCGUAUAACCCCCUCACCGUGCUGGCCCCCGGCGUUUCCGGGGAUUUCGGCCGCUUCCUCUUCACCGUCGGCGCUCGCAUCCCUGCCCAGGCAGUCGGUUCUAUUACUGGGGUUAGGCUCAUCAUUGAGACCUUUCCUCACCUUUGGCUCGGACCACAUUUGAGCGUUGAUGUUCAUCGAGGGGCACUAACUGAAGGACUCUUAGCAUUUGUGAUCGUCAUCAUCUCACUAGGACUCGGUAGAAAGAUUCCUGGAAGUUUUUACACAAAGACUUGGAUAUCAAGUGUCUCCAAGCUGACUCUGCAAAUACUCGGUUCUGAUCUAACCGGUGGAUGUAUGAACCCGGCUUCUGCAAUGGGAUGGGCCUAUGCUCGUGGGGAUCAUAUAACCAAGGAACAUGUGCUUGUUUACUGGCUUGCCCCGGUAGAGGCCACCCUGCUGGCAGUGUGGAUAUUUAGACUGGUUGUUGGGCCGCUAAAAGAGCAGGAAGCAAAGAAAAAAAAAUCAGAGUGAGGAUUGGCAUUUGAGUUUUGUUCGGUGUCUACUGGAUGAUAUCAUCUGUUAAAAUUGGAUGCCAGGAGCAUAUGUCGACCUAAGGGCAUGAGAUGUGCUUUAACGUCCAAUCUUUUGUCAAGUCAGGCAAUCUGCAUGGUAUGUUGGGUUUUAUUUAACCCUUGUAUUAGACACUACCCUUGGCACUUGCUUUAUUCGUAGACAAUUGGCAAUAAAUUAUGUAAAUCAUGUUAGGCUGUAAUUCACGGUGUAGGUUUCGUUGGGCAAUCUGUAUGUAUGAUGGGUGCCCUUUCCUCAUUCCAUCAAGUUCUCCCCAAACUGUGUAUCCAAUGUACCUCGUUUCUUCAAUAUUAAGUUCUCUCUCUCUCUCUC